AUGUUUAGAUAUACAACUCGCAAUUUCACGACAUCCCUUCGUCACCAAGCAGUGCUGUCGACCAAAGUCGAUCGCCUAAAUCAGUAUGGAGCUCAAGUCUCCAAAGCGCAAGGUCACGUCAACGGACUCGUCGGAGCGAUCGGUAACACUCCCCUCAUCCGGCUCAAUCGACUUUCUCAAGAGACUGGAUGUGAAGUUCUAGGCAAGGCGGAGUUCCAAAAUCCAGGGGGCAGUGUGAAAGAUCGAGCGGCACUCUAUGUUGUCAAAGAUGCCGAGGAAAGAGGUCUCAUACAGCCUGGUGGUACGGUUGUGGAAGGUACUGCAGGAAAUACAGGCAUUGGCUUGGCCCAUGUAUGCCGCAGCAAGGGAUACCAGUUAGUGAUAUACAUGCCAAAUACCCAAUCUCAAGGCAAGGUGGAUCUUCUGAGACUGCUUGGGGCGGAGGUUUAUCCUGUGCCAGCAGUGGCUUUUGACCAUCCGGAGAAUUACAACCACCAAGCUGCGCGGCACGCAAAGAGUAUGAAAAAUGCAGUGUGGACCAACCAAUUCGAUAAUGUUGCCAAUCGAAGGGCUCACUUGGAAACCACAGGCCCGGAGCUGUGGAAUCAGACAGCUGGUAAGAUAGACGCUUUUACCUGUGCAACAGGAACUGGCGGUACGCUUGCCGGGGUUACAAGAUAUCUCAAAGACGUAUCAGACGGUAGGGUCAAAACCUAUCUUGCGGAUCCACCUGGCAGUGUCUUGCACUCUUACAUUACUAGCGGAGGUCAACUGAUGGAACGGGCUGGCUCGAGCAUCACAGAAGGAAUUGGGCAAGGUCGUGUAACACAAAAUCUGAAACCAGAUAUUGACCUUGUUGACGGAGCUUUACAUAUAAGCGAUGAGAAGAGUAUUGAAAUGGUUUACCGGUGUCUAGAUGAAGAAGGAUUGUACCUAGGCGCUAGCUCGUGUUUGAAUGUGGUCGCUGCAAAGGAACUUGCAGAGACGUUAGGCAAGGGGCACACUGUGGUUACCAUCUUAUGUGACGGGGCGUAUAGAUAUGCAGAACGGCUCUUCUCGAGAAAAUGGCUACAGGAGAAAAAGCUGCUAGGGGCGAUUCCGAGACACCUAGAAAGGUACAUAGUCUUGCCAUAA